AUGCCCGUCCCCCAUCCCCCAUCCACCUCCCCACCAACCCACCAAAUAUACAUCCAAUCCCUCGCCCUCCUUUCACCCUACCGCUCCAAAGGCCUCGCAACAGCCGUCCUAAAAGAAAUCAUAUCAUGCGCCGUAUUCCGCAGUGAAAGCGCGCGCAUCGAGAGCGUAUACGCACAUGUAUGGACGCAAAACCAAGAAGGUCUAGAAUGGUACACGAAACGCGGAUUCCACCGCGAAGAAAACGUGCUUGUGGGAUAUUACCGCAAGCUUAAACCAGAUACGGCUUUUGUGCUAAGGAGGAAAAUACUGGCUAGUGAUUACCUGAAUUCCCUUCCUCCAGCUCCAACACAGCUUUCUCAACUUCAGCCAUUGGCGAAUGCAGAAGCGGAAGUGGAAGCAGAGGUUGGGGUGAACGGGAAUGGAAAGGGCAUAAGACCAGAUGGUUUAGUCCACGCGCGGAGUUUUCAAGAUAGGGGCCCUGAAAGAGAAUGGAAUGAUUUACCGGAAGACGUACUCGGGAAUGCCAAUGCAACUGGCAGUGGGUUCUUGAAACCCAAAGUAGAAGAGGGGAGUGCGGCGAGUUCGAGGAGUAGCUCGAGGAGUGGGAAGAAGAAGAGGGUUUAUCCGGCUGCUGCUUUUGGGUCUUGA